AUGCCUUCAUAUCCGCCACGUGACGAGUACCGCCGUGUUCGCAAAAACGAGGGUGCUAAGGAAAAGGGCCAGGGUGCUGAGAAUGAGAUCCGUGUGACUGCGAGGCCUGGAAGCCGUGGUUACAUCACGUAUGCGUUAGCGCUCCUACGUGGUGAGGAGGGGAAACCGAAGUAUGACUCCGUGAAGAUCAGUGCUAUGGGUGCUGCUAUCCGCAGCGCGGUCGGCGUCGCGGAAGUGCUGAAGCGCCGUGUGGCUGGCCUUCAUCAGACGACCGAAAUCUCGUCUGAAGUUAUCCACGACGAGUAUGAAGGGAUUGGUGAGAAGAAGGACAAGAUGGAGGUGGAGCGGAAAGUUUCAACGAUUCUUAUUACGCUGUCGUUGAAGCCGCUGGAUGUGAACCACAUUGGUUACCAGGCCCCGCUCCCCGAGUCUGAGGUGAAGGAGGAAGAGGAACGGGACCCCGUGGAGCGUCGGCGUGGUGGCCGCGGCGGUCGCGGUGCUGGGCGAGGUGGCAGCCGUGGUGGUCGUGGCCGUGGUGGCAACGACCGACGGGGUGGUGGCAAUGAGGAGUAA